AUGAGUGACAAUGACCUGAAAACACACCCGUUGGUCGUGUUGGUUUCUGAUAACGGAGAACCCUCACUGUCAGCGACUGUGUCUAUUGAUGUAGUGGUGGUUGAAAGUACAGGUGAAAUCCAGACUCAAUACAGAAACGUACCGAGAAAGGAGGAGAGCUUCUCUGAUUUAAACCUGUAUUUGCUGAUCGCCAUUGCCUCGGUGUCAGUGAUAUUUUUACUGAGCCUCAUCAGUUUAAUAGCUGUAAAAUGCCACAGGACAGACGACAGUUUCAGCAGGUACAGCGCCCCAAUGAUCACCACACAUCCUGACGGGAGCUGGUCUUACUCUAAAUCUACUCAGCAGUAUGACGUGUGUUUCAGCUCAGACACACUGAAGAGUGACGUAGUAGUUUUCCCCGCACCAUAUCCACCUGCAGAUGCAGAACUGAUCAGUAUUAAUGGAAAUGACACGUUUGACAGGACUCAGACAUUACCCAACAAAGAGAAGGUAAGAUCUAUUCAUAAACGAGCCUAUGUGUCUAUUGAAUUAUAGCUACAUGUAUUACUCCUUUGAACUCCACCUAGUCAAAGAUAACUGUUUUAAAAGUUCCUCUUACCUUGAAAACAGCCAUCCACUUCAGAGCUAUCACUUUGGAUUUGUUUUGCACUAUGCGUUUGGCCUCCUGGCUUCAUAAAGCGAUAUUUGCUGUCCAUGGUGCUGAAGUUGCGCUAAACUUCUGAAAUGAAGAUUCGCGCCAAUUGUUCAAUGCUCCAUGACGUAUGAAUGAAUGGCUUUCUAUGACACUUUUCAAUAGUGUUUAAGCUUCACGAAUUUGUAAAAUUGUCUUACCCUAGCAUUUGUAUACUAGGGUAUUGCAAGAAAAUAAGCUGGAACGUAUGGGAAAUAUAAAGAUGCAUUAUGUUGCAGAUUGAUGAUAUAGGCUACAUAAUGAUCAUAGACAUUGCCAGCCUGAAGGCGCAUACUGUAGUAUAUUUAUCAAUUUCAACCGUGUACACCUAUAUUUGUUUUCAAAGGUCCAUCUAUGUUCAGCAAGCGGUGAAAUCUUACCGAGUGCUGUCCAUAGUGUUGAAACCGUUUUUGCUCUCUGCAGAUGGGGGCAGUGGUCUUUUUAGGUAAAAAUUGUCACUAGUGUAAUGGAAUAGAUGCAAUUUGGGAAUUCACUUUUGAGGAUUGUUUCUUUGCAGUCUUGAGAGCGUCACACUGUUUACUUCUUGAGCUUUCCAUAUCAAUAUCCCUCUUUAUUAUGACUUCUGUCAUUGUUAUCAGAACAUGACUAUGUGAACAUUUAUUUUACUAUAUGAGGUUGAUUUUUCUUUAGCUACUUUCCCUGUGUUUUGCAUUGAACAUAACGUUUGUCCUUUUAAAUACAUAGCUAGGCAUUUCGGGUAGUGAAUGUUCAACACGAGUAUUCUCAGUUUUCUAACAAAAGUGAAAUUCUAACAACAAGUGAAAUACUAUACGCUCUUAUUUUGCAUGAGUAAUAUAGGCAAUGUAUAACAGUAACACAUGGUGUCACUAUAGACCACAGAAAUGAAUGUAGUCGCUGAUAUUCUAUGACUCCUCCUCUCUUAAUAAGAAAGAAAAUAGCGUUACCACUCCCGAGCGCUUUGUGAUCAGAAACGCUCGAACGGUGGUGAGAUGGAGAGGGCUUGGCUGUGUACAGGAUCUCUUCAAUAGAUUUUUGGGAAUUCAUGGAUAUGUGACUAUUCUACUGGAAUAAUUCAUUUUUUACAAGCAGCGAUGGGUAGUCAACGGCAAAGAGAAGGCAUUUGGAUUCAGUACGUCGUGUUGCUUUGUUUAUUUGACUGGUCUGCAGCGCAGAUCUCUUACUCCGUUUCAGAGGAGGUGGACAAAGGCACGUUUGUGGGGAAUCUAGCUAAGGAUUUAAACCUGAAUGUACACGAACUGGAGUCGAGGGGUCUAAGGAUUGUAUCGGGACACGGUAGGCCUAAGAGGUAUUUCGAGGCGAAUUUGAAAACAGGAAUUCUAUACGUUAAGGAGAGGCUAGACAGAGAGGAGCUUUGUCCCAAUACGGUAAAGUGCUCCCUAAACAUACAGGCCAUAUUGAGCCAUCCUACGCAGCUCCACCGCAUAGAGGUGAAUAUCUUUGACAUAAAUGAUAAUGCACCAUCUUUUCGUGAAACCGUGAAAUUAUUAAAUAUGUCAGAAUCCUCAUAUCCCGGUGAGAGAUACCUUCUACCGGUAGCUAAUGACGCAGAUACGGGCAGUAACUCGGUAAAGAGCUACAAACUGAGCCCGAAUGAACACUUCUCCCUGGAUGUACAGAGUGGUGGAGAGCAGAGUGUUUCUGCUGAGUUAGUGCUGCAGAAAGCUUUAGACCGAGAGAAACAGCCUGUGAUCCAGCUCACCCUGACCGCUGUAGAUGGAGGAAAACCUCCAAGAUCCGGAACGUUACAGAUUAUUGUUAACGUAAUGGAUGUGAAUGACAAUACGCCAGUGUUUAGCCAAUCCCUUUACAAGGCACGUGUUUCUGAAAAUGUUGCCUUUGCGACAUCUUUAAUAACAAUCACCGCUACUGAUUUAGACGAGGGGGUAAAUAGUGAUCUAGUUUAUUCUUUCAUUGAACGGGGACAUUUUAACCCUGCCGAUACAUUUUCCAUAAAUUCAGACACAGGUGAAAUUAAAGUUAAGGGGAAGUUAGAUUAUGAGGAAAACGCUGCAUACGAAAUUCGUGUGCAGGUGUCAGAUCGUGGCCACUCUCCCCGCAGUGCGCAUGGUAAAGUGUUAGUGGAAGUUAUUGAUGUCAAUGACAAUGCCCCUGAAAUAUCAGUGACGUCACUUAUGAGCCCAGUGAAAGAGGAUGCUGAUUUAAAGUCUGUGGUCGCCUUGGUCACAGUAACUGAUAAAGAUGGAGGUAAAAAUGGCCUCACCAACUGUAAACUUGUUGGCUCUGUUCCUUUUAAACUAAAUUCGAACUACAAAAACGAUUAUUCUUUAGUGGUAGACGGGCCUCUUGACAGAGAGAGCGCUUCUCAGUAUAAUGUCACCAUCACAGCUACGGAUGAAGGGACCCCGCCUCUCUCCAGCACCAGCGUUAUUACUGUACACGUUUCUGAUGUGAAUGACAAUGCUCCUCACUUCUCAGAACCCGUGAUUAAUGUUUAUGUGAAAGAGAACAGUCCGGUAGGUGAGGUAAUUUAUACAAUAUCUGCUUUUGAUCCUGAUUCAGAUGAAAAUGCAAAGAUGACGUAUUCUUUGUUAGAUAAAAGUGUUCCAAUAUCAUCGUCUGUAAAUAUAAACUCAGAAACAGGAGAUAUAGUCAGUCUGCAGUAUUUUAACUAUGAGGAGAUAAAAAAGCUCCAGUUUAAAGUUCAGGCCACAGACUCUGGUGUUCCUCCUCUCAGCAGCAACGUGACAGUGAACGUGUUUAUCCUGGAUGAGAAUGACAACAGUCCUGGGAUUCUCGCGCCCUAUUCUGAGCACGGCUCCGUUAACACUGAGAACAUUCCCUAUUCUGCUGAAGCGGGCUACUUUGUGGCCAAGAUCAGGGCUGUAGACUCCGACUCUGGCUACAAUGCGUUGCUUUCUUAUCACAUCUCUGAGCCCAAGGGAACCAACCUCUUCCGAAUUGGAACCAGCACCGGGGAACUAAGGACUAAGAGGCGAAUGAGUGACAAUGACUUGAAAACUCACCCAUUGGUCGUGUUAGUUUCUGAUAACGGAGAACCCUCAUUGUCAGCGACUGUGUCUAUUGACGUAGUGGUGGUUGAAAAUACAGGUGAAAUCCAGACUCAAUUCAGAAAUGUACCGAGAAAGGAGGAGAGCUUCUCUGAUUUAAACCUGUAUUUGCUGAUCGCCAUUGCCUCGGUGUCAGUGAUAUUUUUACUGAGCCUCAUCAGUUUAAUAGCUGUAAAAUGCCACAGGACAGACGACAGUUUCAGCAGGUACAGCGCCCCAAUGAUCACCACACAUCCUGACGGGAGCUGGUCUUACUCUAAAUCUACUCAGCAGUAUGACGUGUGUUUCAGCUCAGACACACUGAAGAGUGACGUAGUGGUUUUCCCCGCGCCAUAUCCACCUGCAGAUGCAGAACUGAUCAGUAUUAAUGGAAAUGACACGUUUAACAGGACUCAAACAUUACCAAACCAGGAGAAGGUAAGAUCUAUAAAUAAUCCGGCCUAUACAUUUUAUAUUGAAUUAUAUAUAUUUUACUCCUUUGAACUCGCAGUCAAAGAAUAUUGUUUUCAAAGUUGCUCUUACUUUGAAAACAGCUAUCCUCUCCAAAGUUUUCACAUUGACUUUGUUUUGCACUGUGCGCAUGGCCUCCUGGCUUCAUAAAGUGAGUGUUGCUGUCCAUGGUUCUGAAGGCGCGCUAAACUUCGAAGCUAAAGAUUGGUGCCAAGCGUGCAAUGCUCUAUGACGUGUGAAUUGCUUUCCUUGAUGCUGUAUGCUACAAAAAUGUUGCACUUCACAAAUGUGUAAAUCUUUCAGUCCCCAGCAAAGUGUAAUGUGUGUAUAGGGUGUUGUGUGAAAAUAGGCAGGAACGUUUACUACGUAUGGGAAAUAUACAGAUACAUCAUGUUGAGAAUGAUAAUAGGCUACACAAUUGCCAAUGACUUUGUCACCAUGAAGGUGAAUUCUUUAUCCAUUUCAACUGUGGAUAUUCCUUUCAGAGGUCUAUGUUCAGCAAGUGGUUAAAUCCUGUAGCACAGUCCAUGGCAAGGAAACCGUUUGUGCUCUGUGCUGAUUACAUGCACAAAAUAAUGUGAUUAUUGUGGAUAGUCAGAUUCAUAUAUUAGUUCGAUUAAAACGUUUACAUGCUUUGCAAGAAUAACGAUUUCCCUAAUAAUAUUGUUUACAUGAACACAUUUAAAAUCAGGCUACCUGAUGGCACUGAUAAAUGCAGAAAAUCGUCAAUGAAAAUAAACGUUCUACCACAGCUAAAAAUGUUAUUUUUGGGAAGCAUAUUUGAUUCUGAGUUCAGACAUAUAACGUGUGUAUGUUAAAACUACUUCUAAGAUGCAUACAUUCAGUUGUUCUGAACACACUUCACUCGCACUACAGAGGGAGGCUCGCUCGGCUGGUGCUAGCACAUGUGCAGAUCAAAUGCACCACUGGAAGGCCGAUUAAGGUGUUUACAUGUCCUAAUAAAUCGAAAGAUUGCUCAGGAAACCAGGUGUAUUAAACGGCGUAUGCUUACUUCCCUACAGAGGGUAGUACGUACGGCCCAAUACAUCACUGGGGCCAAGCUUCCUGCCAUCCAGGACCUCUAUACCAGGCGGUGUCAGAGGAAGGACCAAAAAAUUGUCAAAGACUCCAUUCACCCAAGUCAUAGACUGUUCUCUGUGCUACCACACAGCUUCUACCCCCAAGCUAUAAGAAUGCUGAACAAUUAAUCAAAUGGCCACCUAGACUAUUUACAUUGACCCCCGUACCUACAUGUACAAACUACCUCGACAUAUUGACUCUGUACCGGUACCCCCUGUAUAUAGCCUCGUUAUUUAAUAUGCCAUUUAGCAGACGCUUUUAUCCAAAGCGACUUACAGUCAUGCGUGCAUACAUUUUUUUUUUUGUGUGUAUGGGUGGUCCCGGGGAUCGAACCCACUACCUUAGCGUUACAAGCGCCGUGCUCUACCAGCUGAGCUACAGAGUAACACAAUUGUAUUGUGUUACUUUUUUUAAUUUUAUUUUUUACUUUCGUUUAUUUAGUAAAUAUUUUCUUAACUCUAUUUCUUGAACUGCAUUGUUGGUUGAGGGCUUGUAAGUAAGCAUUUCACGCUAAGGUCUACUACACCUGUUGUAUUCAGUGCAUGUGCAAAUACAAUUAAUUUGAUUUGAUUUUGACCUUACACUGAUUAAGAUAAGCAGAGUAGGGUGUUUACAUGACUAUAGCAUAAUCUGUCUACUGCCAUAAUCAGUUUAAUAUCGAAUUAUUAGUGUGCAUGUAAACGUAUUGUUAUGUUUCACUGGUGUAAUGGAACAGAUGCAUCGUGGAAAUGUGUUCGUGAGUAGUGUGUAUUUGCAGUCUUGAGAGCAUUACAAUGAUAGACCCUUGAGCUUUCCGUAUCAAUGCCUUGUGUCUUUGAUUGUUUUAGCUUCUCUCAUUGUUAUCAGAACAUGACUAUGUGAAAAUGUAUUUCAUUAUAUGAGGUUAAUUUACUUGAAUGUAGCUACGUUCCCUGUGUUUUGCAUGUAACAGCACAUUUGUCCUUUUUAACACAUAAGGGCCUUUCGGUGAGUAAAUGUCCAAUAUGACAUUGUCUACUUGAGGUUAUCUCAGUAUUCUAACAACACGUGAAAUGCAAGUGGCACAUGGUGUCGCUAUAGACCACAGAAGUAAAUGAAGUCACCGAUAUUCUAUGACUCCUCCUCUCUGAAUUAAAAAAGGAGCCUAGCGUCACCGGUCUCGAGAGCUUUGUGAAGCGAAACACUCGAAUGGUGGUGAGACGGAAAGGGCUGGGUGGAUCUUUGAUAUUUUACGGAUUUUUAGGUUUCGUGGAUAUGUGACUAUAUUCUGUUGGAUUAAUGUAUUUUGUACAAGCAGCGAUGGAUCAUCGAAGACAAAGAGAAGGCGUUUGGAUUCAGUGCGUCGCGUUGCUUUGUUUAUUUGACUGGUCUGCAGCGCAGAUCUCUUACUCCGUUUCAGAGGAGGUGGACAAAGGCACGUUUGUGGGGAAUCUAGCUAAGGAUUUUAACCUGAAUGUACUCGAACUGGAGUCGAGGGGUCUAAAGAUUGUAUCGGGACAUAGUAAGAGGUAUUUUGAUGUGAAUUUGAAAACAGGGGUACUGUUCGUUAACGAGAGAAUAGACAGAGAGGAGCUUUGUCCGAAUAUGGUAAAGUGCUCUCUAAAUAUAGAGGCCAUAUUGAGCCAUCCUAUGCUUCUCCACCGCAUUGAGGUGAAUAUUUUAGACAUAAAUGACAAUUCUCCGUCAUUCAUUAAAAAGGUUGCUACUUUUAACAUAUCUGAAUCUUCAUACCCCGGCGAGCGAUACCCACUACCAAUAGCGAAUGACGCAGAUACGGGCAGUAACUCGGUAAAGAGCUACAAGCUGAGCCCAAAUGAACACUUCUCCCUGGAUGUACAGAACGGUGGAGAGCAGAGUGUGUCUGCUGAGUUAGUGCUGCAGAAAGCUUUAGACCGAGAGAAACAGCCUGUGAUCCAGCUCACACUGACCGCUGUAGAUGGAGGAAAACCUCCAAGAUCCGGAACGCUGCCUAUAGUUGUAAAUGUCAUAGAUGCUAAUGAUAAUUCACCCACAUUUAGCAAGUCGCUAUAUAAGGUCAGUGUGCCUGAGAAUGUACCUUUAGGUUCUACAGUCUUAACACUCAGUGCUACUGAUUUAGACGAAGGAAUACACAGUAAACUUGUGUAUUCAUUUAUUGAGCGUGGGAAUCUGAAUCCUGCUGAUAUGUUUGCCCUGAAUUCAGAUACAGGUGAAAUGACUGUCAAAGAACAUUUGGAUAAGGAGAAAAACGCAGCAUAUGAAAUACGUGUUCAAGCGACUGACCAAGGCUCCUCACCUCGUAGUGGUUAUUCUAAAGUGUUAGUUGAGGUUGUUGAUGUUAAUGACAAUGCUCCUGAAAUAUCAGUAACAUCAUUAAUGAGCCCAGUCAAAGAGGAUAGUGAAAUCGGCACGGUUGUCGCUUUGGUUACAGUGAUAGAUAAAGACGAAGCGAAAAAUGGCCUGACUAACAGUAAACUUGUUGAGUCUGUUCCAUUUAAACUAAAGUCUAACUAUAAAAACUAUUAUUCGUUAGUGGUCGACGGGCAUCUUGACAGAGAGAGAGCUUCUCAUUACAAUGUCACCAUCAUAGCUACGGAUGAAGGGACCCCGCCUCUCUCCAGUACCAGCGUUAUUACUGUACACGUUUCUGAUGUGAAUGACAAUGCUCCUCACUUUUCAGAACCCGUGAUUAAUGUUUAUGUCAAAGAGAACAGUCCGGUAGGAGACGUCAUUUAUACGACGUCUGCUUUUGACCCAGAUUCAGAUGAAAACGCAAAGAUGA